AUGCAACAUGAUGGAAAAGUAAUUUACAAAUUCAAAAAAUACUCUAAAGAAGUAUCUAAAUUUGCCUCAUCUGGAUUUUUAUAUGUUACAGGAUCUCGUAGAAAAUUUAAAAAAUAAUUAAUAAUUUCUGAUCUAGAUAUAAGGAAUCCAGGAUUUAAACUAAAUUUUUUUGACAUACAAAUUUUAUUAUAAGAUUAGCGUUAAAUUCGUAAGCAUAAAUUUUACAUUAAUAAAUAUUCUAGUGACUUAAAUAGCCACUGGUUCUAAUAAUAAUGCAGCUUGAAUAUAUAAUUUAUCAAAGAAUUCAUUUGUAGAAUAAUUAACAGAUUUUUCAUGAUAAGUAUUUGCUGUGCUUUUAAUUAAACUGGUGAUAAAAUUAUUGUUGUUAACAAUUAUAAAACUUUUUCAAUUUUUUAAUUCUAUCCAAUAUGA